UAAAGGGACACACCAUGUGCCUUUCUGGGGGCUAGCGACGGAAGCUGCAAUCCUUACACAGCUUUCAAACCAUUCCCUAAACCAAGAGAUGCAUCCCUCCCAUCCUCCCCAAGCCUAUGAGCAUAAACAUGGAGUGACAGUUCCUGUAACGGCGCCGCCGGAAAAUCACAUCCCUCCAUAUACUUCUCCGGCCAUGUACGCUCCACCUCAGAGGGGUCUGACACGGUGGUCGACGGGCCUUUGCCAUUGCUUCGAUGAUCCCGGCAACUGUUUGAUCACUUGCAUAUGCCCAUGCAUAACGUUCGGGCAGGUUGCAGAUAUUGUGGACCGGGGCACUUGCCCUUGCGUGGCGAGUGGGAUAGCUUAUGGGCUACUACUGGGUUUCACAGGCCUUGGGUGCUUGUAUUCAUGCCUCUACCGUUCCAAAUUGAGAGGUCAGUACGACUUGGAGGAGGGGCCCCUUCCUGACUGCCUCGUCCAUUUUUGCUGUGAGCCAUGCGCACUAUGCCAAGAAUAUCGGGAGCUUAAGAAUAGAGGUUUCGACAUGGGAAUUGGUUGGAAUGCGAACGUGGACCGACAGAGGCGUGGGGUCAUGGGAGCUCCGGCCAUGGGAGCUCCGGUCGUGGGAGGAGGCAUGACAAGAUGAUAAGAGGACAUGAUAUUUUCUUUGUUCUUUCCUUGGUGCCAUUGCUUUUGUUUUGGGAGCCUCAUGCAUUUCUAUUCUGAUAUAAAUAUAUAUAUGUUUUUAUGAAACAGUUUCCUCAUAAAAAUGUUUGUAUGUAACAGUGAAGAACAUCGGGUUAUUAGCUAACAGACAAAAUCUUCUCUUUUUCUCCA